UACAGGAAUCCAAACCACUAUUUAGUUGUUUUCUCUCGGUUAUACCUCUUUCCUCAAUCCGUUGUCUACGACUAAGGUUUGACGAUUGUCUAGUCCUUUUACAGUUGGCAGUUGAAGUUCCAUUUUAUCGUUGUCCUUCCCUUCCGGUGACAGAGCGAAGUACAGCCUGAGAUCGUUGCUGUCACCUCGACAAGCCUUUUCUACAAUCAUGUCCAAUUCCUUGCGUCUCGGAGACCCGGAGCGGGAGAUUUAUUGCCAUGCAGUCGCCCUGAAGUACCCACACCGCGACCAGACAGCGCAGCGAUACUUCAACACUGAUCUGGGAGCUUGUCUGCCUCUUCAAGUCCAGGCCGUUAGGCCCAACAAGCACAACAAGGAUUUCGAGGAGGUCGCAAUUGUCUCUCACGUUUCGAAGCCCAGAAUCAUCUCUGUAUGGCUGAUGAACAACAAGACACCAAGAACUACUUCCGAGUUUUGCAAGUGGUUUCUCAGAUGGUUGCAACUCUGCAUAGUGAACCCCAAAUUUUACAAUGAUCCAGGGUUUGCGGAGAAAUAUGAGCCUUACCUUCCAGCGUUCGUGGGUCAAUUAUGGGCGGCACGAUCCCCAAAAGAAUUCUCGCUGCUUUCGGCGCCCGCUUCAAGAGACAUGGACAAGCUUUCUAUGACACACACGAUACACCCACGGAAACUUGUGGUUCGCCAGGAAGGGGGUUCCUGGGUCCUUAGAGAUGAUAAGGAGAAUUUGAAGCGUCGGCCAUACUUCACCAUCUCCUUCCGAUGGACAGAUGUCUUUCGGGAAACUGAUCCGGAGGACGUUCAAAGCACAAAGAAAAGACAGUUCUAUCGUUAUAUAGAAGAGACGGUUGGGCAACCAGAAGAGGUGGUCGGACAAUCGCAACAAGCGGUCAGCUUGUUCUCAUGGUGCUCGAGUCAACCUGCAUAUUGGGUCGAUCUCCUAUGUUCCAGCGUUCAAAAUUCCCGGGAAUAUGGAGAAGGAGUUGCAGACGGAUAUCCGGCGGAUCUGUACCGCAUGUCAGACAUCUACAGGAACGCGAGAUUCACCUUGAUCUUGCUUCCUGAUAUCCCGGGUGAUACGCGGAGCAUUGAAGAACGGUGGGAGGAGUGGGGUAGCCGUGUGUGGACCUUUCCAGAAGCGUGUCUGAGCAGAGAGUUGUGGUGCAAGGUUGGGAAUGGCCCUUUGACCCGGCUGUCACUCCAAGAACUCGCGAAACUCGCGUUCAAGCAGCCGGAGGAUGAAGCUGCUCUUCUUAACGCUUAUGAUCUGCACAAAGAUCCGUUGGAGAGGCUGGCGCGCCUCGACCACUUGAAAAAAGCAAUCUGGCGUCGCAACCAUGGCGGAGCACCACAGAGUAUUCAUUGGCAGGUCCAAGAGCACGAUGAUCCAGAUUCUUGCGACUGUAGAAAUCAUGGAGUGCUGCAGAUGCCGGCUCAAAACACGAAAGCCAAGCCUGCCGAGAGAGUCUAUGCACUCAUGGGAUUUUUUGAGCACAGGAUACUUCCUCAGGAGACCGAGUCUGAAACGCAGGCGCUAGCCAGGCUCUCCAUGGCGAACGACAGUGACCGCAUCGCUGAGCGCAUGGUCUCCAUGCUUCCCAAAUGCAUGUCCGAGAGCUGGUAUGUCGACAACGAUGCCUACGGAGCUCAUCUAUGGGACAUCGCAACAGACAUUCAGAUUGCAGGCAUUACAGGGAGUGGGGCACUUGUCCUCGAGGGCUGUCGAGCUGCAACUAUUCAUUGGACAGACUUCCCUCGACUGAGGUUUCUAAUGGGACCUCCUAACAAACGCAUGCAGGAGUUUUGGAGCAUUACACGCGUCAUUUGUUUUGCUACCUCCUCGCUCGGCUUCAUCAGCUGUAUUUCGUUUCUGAUUCAAUACUUCACGGAUGGAUAUGGUGACGUUACGAACUUGAGCAUUAUAUUGCCAAUUUUUUUGAGCCCGCUUUUGUUGCUCAUUCUCUCUGUUCCACUCUCGCACACCAGCGACCUAUUUCCGCCGAUUAGACGUGUCGAGCCUUGGCUCAUCGGCGUGAAAGGCGUUUUAUCUGCCGAUGACGUCUCAAAAUAUCUCUAUGGUGGACAAAUCAAAGGUCCCCAUUCUAUGCGCUAUGCAACAAGCGGUUCUCACUUCUCCAAACCCAAGCCAUCUAGCCGAUUUCGUGUCGGCGAUCCUGCACAAUUCACGAUCGCCGACAGGAAGGCUCCGCACAUUGACGGUAAAGGUGACAUGUACACCCUCGUUGAGACGCUAUCCAGCACGAUCUAUUAUUUUCGAGCGAGGAGACCGCCGACUGUUUGCCUGUUCACUGGGAGAGAGGGUGGCAGGGGGCGGUUCGUGCUCUGCUCGGAGAGCUGUGAGCUUAACGAGCUGCAGAAGGAGACUGUGCUGCGUAUGCCGACGUUCAUCAGCGAGGCUAUGUAUCUGAGCGAUUGGGUGGCCCUCGGUUGCAGGGAGGACGCCCUUGGUUCUCAUAGGGAUGCUACCGGAUUCGAGGAGGGUAUAGCGGCACCGGAGGGAGAGACAUAUUACCAGGAAAGCACAAGUUUACUUUUGUCCCGCUUAUCCGACAAGUAAGAGGAAGUUGACUAUUACUUGUCAGUAGAUUUUCUGUCUUGUUUUCACUCUUUUCAACUUGAUCUGCUUUAUGUAUUCCAUGG